AUGUGUUCACGUCAUGUGCUGCCAACAGUAGGAUCAAAUGUAACUGUCCACAUUACAAGGGUAAACUUGCAACCCCACUGUGCCUUUGUGGAAUUUGGUGGCAAUUUCAACCAUGGACAACUGAUGAGGGAAAUAUAUCAGCAAAUGAAAAAAGAAAUUCAAAUCCACAAAGAACGAGAUUGUGAUUUUGAAGGUGACCCAGGUGACGUAUGUCUUGUCGAAGAAGAAAAAAUCUGGCAUCGAGCAAGGAUACUCUCAAGAUGUGCAGAUAAAUACCUUGUUUUUCUAAUUGAUGAUGGUAGAACACUUUGGGUAUCAAACAGUUUUUUGGCAUGGGGUCAGAGCAGCUUUUUCAACCUACCGCCCAUGAUGGAGCUCUUUAUCAUGGCCAGCGUGUCACCACUGUCUCUUGAAAAUAGAUGGUCUCCAACUGCCUCUGAGUUUCUCAAGUCUCUGUCUGGCAAAACUGUCUGUGGUUGUGUUCAGGAUGUGAUGAUGUCUUACAGAAUCAUCCUUCUUGAUAUUCCAAGUGUAUUCAAGCAAAUGCAAGAAUUUGGAUUUGCUAGAAAGAUACCGUCUGAAGAGUUUCAAAUCCUUGUGGUGAAUUCUCUGCAUUCACCGAGAGAUAGUGUUUCCUGUGCAAGGCCUGAUCCUGCAUUGACAAAUGUUCAAACAGAGCAUGCCAGUGACUUUGAAAAGGUCAAUCAGUACUUAUACCCAGAAUUGCUGCUGGGAACCAUCGAGGCAGUGGAGGUCACACAAGUAAUUAAUCCAUUGCACAUUUUCUGCAAACUGCAUGUCUUCUCGCAUGAACUGAAGAAGCUGAGUGAGCAGAUUCAGGAAUACUGCGAAAGCACCUCUGCUGCUGUAGCGUCAAGGCCAUCUGAUGGAUCUCCUUGUGCCACCAAAGGAAGUGAUGGCAAAUGGUAUCGAUCCAUUCUACAGCAAAAUGUUGGGUUUGAUGUUGCCAAGGUGUUUCAUGUUGAUUAUGGAAUCAGAGAUUUUGUCAAAGUGGGAGACAUCAGAACGCUAUCUGCGAAGUUCUUCAGACUACCUGUUGUAACGUAUAAAUGCUCCCUGUAUGGUAUAAAAGACAAAGGUUUUGGCUGGACAACAGCUCAGAUUGAGCGUCUGAAAUCAGUUUUGCUGAAUCAAAUCUUUGUUGGGAAAUUUGAGUACCGAAAUUUGUCUGAUGGUAUUUACUAUGUGACACUCCAUGGAAAUGACAAUGUGAACAUUAACAACAGUUUUGCUAUCCAGGAGAAAUGUCUUUUAGCGCCUGAUAGAGCUUACUUUGGCUCCCCUUCUGAGAUUCAAAGCCAAGAAACCCACAAAGAUGAGCAUAGAUACGCAACUCCAGGUCAUUCCCUCGGCUCUUGUAUUGUUCCACGUGACUUGUUGCCUCCUGAGAAUGCCAAGGUGUGCAGACUUCCUAGGACUGAGUUGAGUACAACAGGAGACAGUCCUGCAGAAAGGAUAUACAGAAGUCUACCAACUGACCUUUAUCCAUGCAAAGUGGAAUCUGUACUUGAUGAACAUUUGUUUACAGUCGGAACUGUCAUUGAGGUUAAUGUGUCAUAUGUGGAAAAUGACCAGAGAUUUUGGUGCCAAAUGGCUGGUAGUCUAUUAGGUCUCAAGAUGUUAAUGGAAAAUAUCCAAAGACGUUAUUCAUGCAGUCAGUUCCAGCUGCCCACAGGAUCAAUCUGUGUGGCACAUCAUCCAGAUGAUGGGAUGUGGUAUCGAGCACAGAUUGUAAACCACUAUCUGACCCCUCAUGUUGAUGUGCGCCUUGUUGAUUAUGGGCAACUAUUGAAAGUGCCGUUGCAAGAUUUGCGACCUAUUGAGCCACAAUUUCUAAAGUUGAAAUGCCAAGCUUUCCAGUGCAGCCUAUUCAACAGGAUGCAUUCUGGAAGUUGUGAAAGUACAGCUCUAAGUGAUAGUGGAUUGUCAGACUCCUUUGAGUUUAUUUCCCCAGUGUCCUUAUGCAAUGUCUCUUUAAAAUGCACUGUAAAUGCAGUUAUGUAUGACUCCCAAGGUGCAGUGCUCAAUAUGGUGGAUAUUGAAUCUCUAGCUCCGAAUUUGUGCGCUGCAUUUGUUCAAAAAGAAGCAAAUAUCUCAGCAGUGGAAUCUCUUGAAGCACCCUGUGUUCUGAAUGACAUACAUGCUCUCUCAACACACAGUAUCAAUGUAGGAGCAGAGGAACAGGUUUGGAUAACCUGUGUGAAAGGUGUCAACCACUUCUAUGGUCAAAUUAAACAAAAUACUGCCCUGGUUGCAAAACUGAACAAAGACAUUCAGCAGUAUUGUGCUGUGGCACAGCGAACCAGAUAUUCAUUUUCCCCACAAAUGAUGUGUGUGGCAAGAUAUAAUGAUGGCCAGUGGUACAGAGGACAAAUCAAAGCUGUAAAACCAAAAAUCAUGGUGCAUUUUGUAGAUUAUGGUGAUGUCGUAACUUUAGAUGAAUCUGAUGUUUUACCUUUGCCUGCUCAGCACAGUGCAAACAUGUCUAUCCCCUUUCAGGCUGUCCAGUUCAGACUUUUCAAUAUAACAUUACAAGAAUCCUCAGAGCUCAACAAAUGGUUUGAAACUCAUGCCACUGACUGUACGUUUACUGCCACUGUAAUGGGGAAAAGUCCUUCUGGAAAGUUAUCAGUGGAACUACAUGAUGGCGAAACAAACAUAAAUUUAAAAGUGAAGGAGAAAUAUUAUGGAAAUGAGAGUGAAGUUUACCCAACAUCAGUCAAAGCAGUACCUACCAGCCUACUGGAAGCCCCACCUCAAGCAUUUCUUUGUCAGUUGGAAGGAUUCAAACCCACAGAUGGAUUUUGGAAUGAUGCUGCUGCUAGUAGAUUCAGUGCACUUGUGGUGGAUAAGCUUCUGACCGUUAGUGUUCAAAAUGUUGAGAUGACCUCAGACGUCUCUAACUUUCCUCAGUAUAAUGUCCAAGUUGAGUGCAACAUGGGCCUUAUAAAUGGCCUCAUGAAAGAUUACUGGAUUGGCUGCACCACUGAAGUCUAUGGACAAAUCGCUGAUGAGGUUUCUCUGAAACCUAUGGCAGUGACUCUGAGUGGUUCUCGUCCAUUAACACAGUGUUUUCCUAAAGUUACAGACCUCCCACCUACAGCCGUUGAACAAGAUUUUGUUUCAGAAGUUUAUGUUUCACACAUUAAUAGCACCUCCAGUUUCUUUGUACAGUUAGCAAAAGAUGAAAAAUGUCUAAUUUCUCUCACAGGAGAGCUGAAUUCUACCUUUUUGUCAGUCAGUGACCAAAUUGAGAUUAAUUCUGUUUCACAUGGCAGUUUAGUGAAAGCUGUUUUUCCUGAUGAUGACUCUUGGUAUCGUGCGGUCAUCAAAGAUACUAAUGGGAAGGACGUUCAUGUAGAAUUCAUAGACUUUGGAAAUGAGGCAGCUGUUCCUGCCAUGAAUGUGUGCAAGCUCGAUGAGCAAUUUUUGAAGUUUCCAAGGUUCAGCAUCCAUUGCUGUCUUGAUGCAGAAGAUUGUGUCAGUAUACAGAUGGGAACAGAGCAAGGAACAUCUCCGCUGAUUAAUGUACUUGAGAAGGCUGGUGAAAAGAGGCUGUUUUGUAAGUUUAUCAAGGAGUGCAGAACUGUUUGGGAAGUCAAAAUUGCUGAUGAGAAGAGUACAUUAGAUGGCUCAUUUAAAGAUCUUCCACUUGAACAAUGGGAUGAUUUGGAUAUUAGUAGACUACAGAAUGCCUCUCCAAUGCAAGUGCUCUCUGAAGUAAAACAGAUACAGACUACAGACACCUUCUCGUUGCCAUUCAAGAGAUCAGAGAUUUCUGUAGGACAGACAGUAGAGGUAUAUGCUUCAUCCAUAGCUGGACCAGAUUACUUCUGGUGCCAGCAUUCAAAUUCUGAGGAACUUGACAAAAUUUCUGCGAUUGCUCAAGAAACCGGAAACUCUGCACAGACGGAUCUUAUUGAGAGAGAUCAUUUGCGCCCAGGAGACACUUGCAUAGCUCGCUUCACUGAUGAGAUGUGGUACCGUGCACAGGUUAUUAAAAAAUCUCCAAAUACCAUGUAUGUGCUUUUUGUGGAUUUUGGAAAUGAGUUUGAAGUUGAAGCAGACUCUAUCAAGCCAUUGCCUCUCCGUCUGCGGGAAAGUCCUCUUCAAGCAUUUCUGUGUCAACUGGAAGGAUUCAGCCUCUCAGAUGGGUCCUGGAAUGAUAACGCUACAGACAAAUUCUGUGAGCUUAUAGUGGAUAAGCCCCUGAAAGUGACAGUUAAAAAGAUUCAGAAUGUUCUGGACAGUCCUUCUCUUUCACAUCAUGUCAGAGUCCACUCAAAGGAAUGUAUUGUAAAUGAGCAGAUGAAAGGUUUUUGGAGUGCUUCUGCAUUUGCUUAUGAUAAGAGCCCUGGAAAUCCUCUGUUGACUGCCAACUCUGUGCAAUUACUUUCAAAUGGCCAGCCUGCUCCCGAGAAUAUAGUUGAUGUAAUAUCUGAUAAUUCUCUAGAAAACAUCAGGACAAGUGACAUGAAGCCUCAGUGUGAUUCACCUUUUGGAAGUGAAGAAACCUUUAAACAAAAUGAAGACUUGCAUGAAGAGCCUGUUAAAAAUGAGGUUGAGAAAGCCAAGUGUUGA